AUGAUGGAAUAUUGCCCUCCUAACGUAACCCUAGGGGAGAUAUGGGUGGACCAUGGGAUCUCUCAAUGUUUUAUGGAGACUGCUUCAGCCAUCCUCAUAGGUGGCUUUCUCUUAACAUUAGGACUUAUACAAAUCAUUAUGUAUAAAAGGUAUGCCAUAGAAGUGGAGGACAUAAGAAGUUCAAAGUUGUUUGGUGUGCAGCUGUUCUUCACAUUGUUUGUACCAGUUUUAGCUGUGAUAAGGUUCUUGCUACAGGCUUUUGUAUUUAAAGGGGGACAAAUAUAUGGAUAUAUGAUCCUAGCUUUAGUGAUAACUCUAGUGGUGUUUCCAUUCUCGGCCUACUUAGCUAUCUUGGAGAGACGGUUCCUGCUGCCGUCCGUCCCUCCGAGUGGACAUGGAUUUGUGCUCCUCGUGUUUUGGGCUAUGAUAUUCGUAUCGGAAAACCUAUCAUUCUUAAACCUUAACAAAGAAGGAUGGUGGUGGAACUUGAAAACUCUCCAAGAUCGCCUGGAGAUGUCACUGUUCGUGGGACGUUAUGUAUCCUGCAUGAUAAUGUUCGUGCUCGGGCUUAAGGCGCCCGGCAUUGUUCAGUAUCAUUACCUUGGAGCUGAUGAUGAGAACCGCAGGAAUAUACCACCGAGGCAAGAUGAAAACAGAUCAACAUUCCGCAAUGUGUUUGGCAAACUGCGAACGCUACUGCCCUUCUUAUGGCCAAGGAAGAGCGCAUGCCUUCAGAUCUACGUGCUUAUAUGCAUACUGGCUCUCCUCGCUGGUAGAGUCGUGAACCUGUUCGUCCCUAUUUAUAGCAAAAAAAUUGUGGACAGUAUUUCGCUCCCACCAUUUUAUUUCCGAUGGGACUUGGUGGUGAUUUACGUGUUCUUCAAGUUCCUGCAAGGAGGUGGCACUGGUGGCAUGGGAUUCCUAAACAAUUUACGAUCGUUCUUAUGGAUCAAAGUGCAGCAGUAUACGACUAGGGAGUUACAGUUAGAAUUAUUCAAGCAUCUACAUGACUUGCCUCUCCGAUGGCAUUUGUCACGGAAGACGGGAGAAGUCCUAAGAGUAAUGGACAGAGGAACGGACUCCAUAGACAAUCUGCUAUCAUACAUAUUGUUCUCAAUCACUCCGACCCUGGUGGACAUCAUUGUAGCUGUCGUGUACUUCGUCACUCAAUUCAACGCGUGGUUCGGAUUGAUCGUGUUUUCUACUAUGGUGUUUUAUAUAAUUGCAACGAUAGCUGUAACAGAAUGGCGUACGAAGUUCCAGAGACGUAUGAAUUUAGCGGACAACGAGCAGAAGGCUCGCUCCGUCGAUUCCCUACUUAACUACGAGACGGUUAAGUACUACGGCGCCGAGGCGUACGAAGUCGUGUCCUACAGGGAAGCUAUCGUUAAUUAUCAGGCUGAGGAGUUCAAAUCUCUAAUAACACUGAAUAUGCUGAAUACUUUACAAAACAUCAUUAUUUGCUCUGGUCUGCUGGCUGGAUCGUUGCUGUGCGUGCACAUGGCGGUGGAGACCGACGAGCUGACUGUGGGUGACUACGUGCUGUUCGCUUCCUACAUCGUGCAGUUAUACGUGCCGCUCAACUGGUUCGGAACUUAUUACAGAGCUAUACAAAAGAAUUUCGUGGACAUGGAGAACAUGUUCGACUUGAUGCGGGUGGACUCUGACGUGCGGGACGCUAUCGGAGCCCCCGACCUUCUUGUGAGGCGCGGCGCCGUCGAGUUCAAACAUGUGUCAUUUGGCUACGGUCCUGAGAGGCUUGUAUUGAACAAUAUCAGCUUCAAAGUACCGCCUGGCAGUACUGUUGCAUUGGUGGGUCCAAGUGGAGCGGGGAAAUCAACAAUAAUGCGUCUGUUGUUCCGUUUCUACGAUGUGAAUGAAGGCGCCGUGCUAGUAGACGGACAGGACGUGCGCACUGUGACGCAAGCUUCGCUGCGUGCCAACAUCGGCGUCGUGCCGCAAGAUACCGUACUGUUCAAUAAUUCUGUCAGGUAUAAUAUCCAGUAUGGAAAACUAAACGCGCCAGCAUCGGACAUAAUAUCCGCAGCUAAAAAUGCUGACAUUCACGAUAGGAUCCUUACAUUCCCUGAUGCAUAUGAUACGCAGGUCGGAGAAAGAGGUCUUCGACUGAGUGGAGGUGAGAAGCAAAGAAUAGCAAUCGCACGAACUAUCCUCAAAGAUCCGGCCAUAGUUCUACUGGAUGAAGCUACGUCGGCUUUGGAUACCAACACGGAAAGAAAUAUACAGGCUGCCUUAGCGCGUGUAUGUGCGAACAGGACCACUAUUAUAAUAGCUCACAGGCUCUCAACUAUCAUACACGCCGAUGAAAUCCUCGUGUUGAAAGAAGGAGAAAUCAUUGAGAGAGGAAACCAUGAAACGCUGCUUGCGCAAGCUGGAUUCUAUGCGUCAAUGUGGCAACAGCAGUUGGAGAAUCGCAACAAUGUGGAGAACAUUGGAGAGGGGAACAAUAACAAUAACGAGCCGCGGCCGCCGCCGGGGCAGCCCAAUGGCGCCUUCGGACACGGCCAUGGACAUUUAUAA